GGGACCACCUGGUUCUCGAUGGCGAUACUAAGGCUCUUAUCAAAGCAUUGGUGCGAGUGACGAUAAAGACAUCCACACAUACAUCGGUUAUUCUCAAUGAUGUUAUAGCAGGAAAGGGUGGGGGAUUGAUCGCACUUCUCCACGGUUGUCCCGGGACCGGUAAGACUCUGACGGCUGAAGCUAUUGCCGAACAUCUUCAGAGGCCAUUGUACAUGGUCAGUUCUGCUGAACUAUCGACACAGGCCGUUGGUUUAGAACGGAAUUUAAUCAGAAUUCUGAGGCUAGCUACUGUGUGGGACGCGAUCAUACUGAUCGAUGAAGCUGAUGUAUAUCUAGAACAGAGAAGUUUCCACCAGGUGGAACGGAACGCUUUGGUUUCUGUUGCCCUGCGUCUCUUAGAAUAUCACCGCGGAGUGGUGUUCCUGACUACCAACAGGAUAAAAUGCUUUGACGAUGCGUUCCUGUCGCGUUUUUCUAUUGCAAUAAAGUAUCCGAACCUCGAGGCUCCGGCGCGCCUUCUAAUCUGGCAGAAUUUCUUCCGUUUAGCGGGAUGUGUAGUCCGUCACAAAGACGACUUGGAGCAUAGAAGCGACUCUCCUGAUAGUUUCGUCGAGGUCAAUGAGAUACCGAAACGUGAAGUGUCGUUCUCAGAUCUAGAAGAUUUGUCUAAGAAACCAUUUAACGGUCAGUCUCCAAUUGCUAAAGAUUGUAUCAUCCUGAUACUGUCUUCAGGUCGAACAAUCAAGAAUCUCGUUCGCACUGCUCAAGCCCUGGCUGUUGCAUCGGAGGAACCUUUGUCUAUAGAGCACGUCAAGAUCGUCGUCCAUGCCCAGGAGAAAUUCUUCACAGAAUUUGCUUCAUGAAACUAGUUUUCCGCAGUUUGGCAUCGCUUUGACUCGGAGUUGAUGUGCCAAUAGUAGCCUACAACUGCUAAAAUUCAAAAUGCAUGUAUUGAUCGUUGAAUACAGUAUGCUGGAAUCAUCGU